GGUUUUAGAAAAAUCCCCUUUUAACGGAAAUAACGGGGCAAAACUAUAAUUUCACUUUCACUCCGUCAUCAGUUGUAGGUGUGGUUUGACUCGUGCUGCCUGUUGAAGAAGCUGCAGCACAGUCUUUGCCUUUCACUUUUUACUCCACUUCAGUUGGCUACACAACACUGUUUAGCCUGGACAUCGACAGAAGCGAUUACAACCAGAACAUGGCUGGCAAGUUUGAUUCUGGAAAGACAAAUGGUGAUGAGGUCAGGAUUGUGAUGGUGGGGAGGACUGGAACUGGAAAGAGUGCUACUGGAAACACUAUUCUGGGUCGUGGGUGCUUUGAAUCCAAGUUCAGUGCCGUGUCUAUGACUGUAGAGUGUUCCAAAGGAAAAGCCAAAGUGGAUGGACAUCGUGUUGCUGUCAUUGACACCCCAGGCCUGUUUGAUACCAGGGAUAAUAAAGAGGAACAUCAGAAAAAUAUAUGCCAGUACAUCUCCUAUGCUUCUCCAGGCCCCCAUAUCUUCUUGGUGGUCGUCACACUGGGCAGAUUCACUGAAGAGGAAAAACAGACGGUGCAAAAGAUUCAGAAAAUCUUUGGCCACGCAGCAGACAAAUACAGCAUGGUUCUCUUUACCCAUGGGGACCAACUUGAAGGCACCACUAUGGAAGAUUUCUUAGAAGAAAGCCCAGACCUGCAGGAACUCGUGGCCAGAUGUAACGGUCAGUACCACGUCUUCAACAAUAAACUGAAGGAGCGCUCUCAGGUCACUGAGCUGAUCCAGAAGAUCAGAGAAAUAGUCCAGAAGAACGGAGGAAGCCACUACACCAACGAGAUGUUCCAAGAGGCUGAGAGGGCGAUUGAAGAGGAGAAACAACGCAUCCUGAGAGAGAAAGAAGAAGAAAUACGGAAAGAAAAAGAGAAAAUGGAGAGAGAAAUACGGGAAAAAUAUGAGAAACAGAUGCAGGAAUACAAUGAACAACUCCAGGCUGAGACAGAGAGGGCAAUUGAAGAGGAGAAACAACGCAUACUGAGUGAGAAAGAAGAGGAAAUACCAAAAGAAAAAGAGAAAAUGGAGAGAGAAAUACGGGUAAGAGAUGAGAAAAAGAUGCAGGAAUACAACGAACAACUCCAGGCUGAGACAGAGAGGGAGAUUGAAGAGGAGAAACAAUGCAUACUGAGAGAGAAAGAAGAGGAAAUACCAAAAGAAAAAGAGAAAAUGGAGAGAGAAAUACGGGUAAGAGAUGAGAAAAAGAUGCAGGAAUACAACGAACAACUCCAGGCUGAGACAGAGAGGGAGAUUGAAGAGGAGAAACAAUGCAUACUGAGUGAGAAAGAAGAGGAAAUACCAAAAGAAAAAGAGAAAAUGGAGAGAGAAAUACGGGUAAGAGAUGAGAAAAAGAUGCAGGAAUACAACGAACAACUCCAGGCUGAGAGAGAGAGGGAGAGAGAACAGGAGAUGAAGCCAUUUAAGGAGAAGCGUGAGAGAGAAGUGGACGAAGAAACAGGCAAGAUUCAGUUCAGAUAUGAAAAUGAAGCCAGAGAUGAAGCUGAGAAGCAUAAUCCAUUUUACCUUAAAACCAUGUGAAGAUGUUAAAAACCACUUUUACAUUUUCAUAGAUCUUUAGAAACUCAUGACUGCUGCUCUGUAUCAUUGUACCAUUGUUUUAAACUUUUUCUUAGUUUUCCCCUGCAUGUCUAGACUCCCUAACAUGAUGUUACAAAUAGCAACAAGUUCAGAAGUCGUAAUAUUUUGGGGAUAUGUGAGGUUCCUGUAAAAUUUGUCAAUCUUCUUUCUGAAGGUUUCAAGCUUUCUCCUUUUUUCAUUUACAGCUAGCAGCAGAUCCUGUGGACAUAUUGAAUUUCCUUCUUAUGUUAUCUUAGUGGUUUAUUAGUUGAAGUAGAGUUCAUACUGUGGGCUUUUGGGACAUUCAUAGUAUUCAGUCAUUGUUAUAGUUAGAGAUAUCUGUAUGUAUGUAUCUUUGUAACUUCUCUUAUUGCCAAUGAUGUUGUUUUUGUGUGAGAUUUACUUUUCUUCACUUUCUUGGUGAAUGAAUCCAUCUUUGUUCCAACUUUUACCUUCCCCUUGACUGAGUUGUUUGCGUUGACUUUUGCCUUCACAUGUAUGACUCGCAGCCUGACAACAAACUUAGAUUUGUGGACUUUGUGUCAUGACCUCUAGAACUGUAAGUAUUGGUCCUUCUUUUUGUAACCUAGUUGUCUCCUUUAAAAUAAAUUUGAGUC